GCCAAAACCUCUAGGAACACGCGCAGCACUGAUUGAAUUUUCAGUUUUUGAUCAAAAGAAAAUGAAGAAAUUUUGGUUGAAAUGUUGUGUUGAAUUUUGAUAUAUGGAUUCUCAGUUCUUUGUCGAAAAUUAGAUGGCAACGAGAAGAAGCGCAUCGAGGAGAAGCUUGUCAAUGACAAGCUUAUCAUCCUCUCAUCUCAAAAAGAAAACAACAGUCCCUCUCUCUCCUCAUCGGAAUUCUCUAUUCUCUUCUCCUUCCAUGGGUCUGACCGGAGAGAGGACAGUGAAGAGACUCCGACUUUCUAAAGCUCUAACGAUACCUGAUUCUACAAGUAUUUAUGAUGCUUGCCGCAGGAUGGCUGCUCGCAGAGUUGAUGCUUUAUUGCUGACUGACUCGAAUGCAUUAUUAUGUGGUAUAUUGACGGAUAAGGAUAUAACAACCAGAGUUAUUGCAAGUGAAGUCAAUAUUCAGGAAACACCUGUUUCAAAGGUUAUGACAAAACAUCCUGUUUUUGUUCUUUCAGACACACUUGCUGUAGAAGCAUUGCAGAAAAUGGUGCUAGGAAAAUUUAGACAUUUGCCAGUUGUAGAAAAUGGUGAGGUCAUUGCUUUGCUUGAUAUAGCAAAAUGUCUUUAUGAUGCUAUUGCUCGCCUUGAAAGGGCAGCAGAGAAAGGAAAGGCAAUUGUAGCUGCGGUUCAGGGAGUUGAAAAAAACUGGGGAGCAUCUAUUUCUGAUUCUGAUUCAUUUAUUGAAACCCUUCGGGAGAGAAUGUUUAGGCCUUCACUCUCUACAAUCAUUUCUGAGAAUCCAAAAACUGUUACAGUUGUACCAAACGAUACUGUUUUAGAAGCAGCAAAAAAGAUGUCUGAAUCUAAAACAAGCUCGGCUAUUGUGGCUGUUGAUAAGAAACCAAAAGGAAUUUUAACUUCAAAGGACAUACUGAUGCGAGUCAUAGCACAAGAUCUUUCACCAGAGUCCAUACUUGUUGAGAGGGUAAUGACUCCCAAUCCCGAAUGUGCUACAACAGAUACAUCUAUUGUUGAUGCUUUACAUACAAUGCAUGAUGGGAAAUUUUUACACCUACCUGUAAUUGAUAAAGAUGGAGUUGUAGUUGCUGUGAUUGAUGUGCUUCAUAUCACUCAUGCAGCUGUAGCCACGGUGGGAAAUACUUCUGGAGUGAAUAAUGAAGCUGCAAAUACUAGGAUACAAAAGUUCUGGGAUUCAGCUAUGGAAUUGUCUCCAGAUGAUGGGGAAGAGACACGAAGCAUUUGUUCGUUGAAAUUUGCUUCUGAAGGGGCAGAGUUGAGAAGAUGUAUAUCCUAUCCUUCGUCAAGCCUGUCUAAUACUUUUGCAUUCAAGAUUCAAGACAGAACAGGAAGGAUGCACAGAUUCAACUGCAAUAUCGGGAGCAUGAGAGAUCUGAUAACAGCCAUUAUUCAAAGAGUGGGGGAUGAUAUAAAGCGGAAGAACCUUCCUCAAAUUCUGUAUGAAGAUGAAGACCAUGACAAGGUUGUUCUAGCAACAGAAAGUGAUCUCACAGCUGCAGUUGAGCAUGCAAGAUGUGCAGGUUGGAAGCAGGGACUAAGAUUGCACUUAGACUAUUCAGGAAAGCACGGGUGUAGAAAGGGUUCAAGGUCCAACAGUUUGGAUACACAAUCUGCAUGGGCUUCAGCUUACAGUGCCGUAGCAGCUGGUGCUGCAUUGUUUGCAGGUUUAGGCGUAAUAGCAUUCCUAAGGAGAUCUAAUAAUUGAUUAUUAUUUCUCUAAUUAAAUACAUUUCCCAUCUCCUGUACAUUUGACAAAUUAACUGAUUUAUCGUAUAUAGUCCCAACCAUCA